UCAGUGGUGAGUGAAAGGUUUCAGUUACACCACUAAAUAGACGUAGGGAAUAUUGUCCUGGUUAACUUAGCGUGAAGACCAUUUCGUGAAGAGCUAUUCAGAGCUUUCAGAUAGAACAUCUUAAUCCUGCACCUAUUUGACUUCCUCAAUUGCAUUAGCUGAUUUGAAAACAAGAUCACUCUUUUUAUAGAAAAUGUUUCAGAACAAAAUGAACAAGUCUGUAGAAUUUCCUCUUGGACUGAUUAUUCUCUUGCUGCGGUUCUGCUUGCUGUUAGGAACAGGAUCACAGUUGUUGGAAGCGGCAAUGGGAUCAGAGGAAGGGUCAGACAGCUACAAAUGCCCACGUGUAUGCACAUGUAUCUUUGAUGACUAUAGCGAAGAACUGAAUGUUUACUGCAGCUCUCGUAAUUUUACUAAAAUCCCUGAAGGCACACCGGUUAAUGCUAAAGCCCUUUGGUUGGAUUGCAACAACUUCACGAUGCUUCAACCCUAUGCUUUCAAAAACAUGUCUAACCUGGACUUCUUGAACUUGCAGAAUGGUUUUAUAGUUAGUAUUGACCAACACGCCUUCUAUGGCCUGAAACAAUUGGUCCAUCUGCAUCUGCAAAGAAACAAGUUGAAAUAUCUGUCACCAAACACAUUUCUCCAUACUCCAUACCUUGGCUCACUUAGUCUAAACAAUAACAACUUUGGAAAAAUUGAGAAUGGGUUGUUUUUUGGCCUCUCCCACCUCUGGUACCUGAAUCUUGGAUGGAAUGUGCUGGCAGUCUUGCCUGACACAGGAUUUCAUGGUCUACUCUGCCUGAAGGAGCUUAUUUUAGCAGGGAACAGGUUAGUGUAUCUGCAGCCACAACUUUUUAUCAAUUUGAUAGAGCUAAAGGAACUUGACUUGUCUGCCAACUUGUUGAAAGUCAUAAAGGGCAACAUCUUUGUCAAACUGCAGAAGCUGCAGAAGCUUUAUAUGAGUUAUAAUCAAAUCAGCACCAUUGCACCAAGAGCUUUUAUGGGAAUGAAAUCUCUCAGAUGGCUGGACUUGUCCCACAAUCGUCUCACUGUGUUACAUGAAGAAACGUUCUCUGGCCUCCUCAACCUCCAUGUACUUCGGCUACUGAACAAUUCCAUAACAGGGUUAAGGCACAGAACAUUCAGGGACCUUCAGUUCCUGGAGGAACUUCAAGUGGGCUACAACAAGAUGAAAAGACUUUCUGAAAACAUAUUUGAUGGCUUGGUACAAUUGGAAGUCCUCACUUUGAACAAUAAUCAGAUUCAGGAGAUCAAGCCCGGGGCGUUUGCUGGCCUUCGUGACGUAGCCGUCAUGAACCUGUCCAGUAACUUAUUGAAGAAUUUACCUGAACAUGUCUUCAAAGGCCUUUCUAAUCUUCAUAGCCUGCACUUGGAAAACAACUCAAUCACAGGAAUCCAGCUGAGCACAUUUUCAGAAUUGACUGACCUUCGAAGACUUUUUUUGCAACACAAUCACAUUUCAGUUAUUGAUACUCAGAGGCACAAUGGCUUGCAAGAGCUUUUGGAGUUGGAUUUGAGGCAUAACAAAUUAACGCAGUUGUCUCCUCAGGCUUUCUUGGGUUUCCCACAACUGGAGUACCUUUUGCUCAAACGCAACCAACUUGCCUACAUCUCGGUGGACGCCUUUCAGCCCCUGCAGCGCCUCUCUUGGCUUGACAUAUCAGAAAACUUCAUUGAGUAUUUCUACAAUUACACUUUCAGACCACUAACCAAGCUAAAGUAUCUGAACCUAAAGAACAACUCAUUACAGGAAUUCCCGGGUCAUUUUCUGACCCAGCUGUCACAGCUGGAGCAGCUGUGGUUAGGAGGCAAUAAGUGGCACUGUGACUGUACGUUGAAGUCGCUCAGGGACUAUUGCCUGGCAAACCCCAGCAUCGUUCCUCGUUUCAUCGAAUCACCUGUAGAAGGAGAUGAAGCUCACACCAUGAUGUACAUAUACAACAAUAUUACGUGUACAAACUUGCAAACUGUUGCUGGCACAGAUCUCAGAGACAUCAGCGAUGACUAUUUCAGCAACUGUUAACAUGCAAGUGUUCCUGAAACAAUCUGAGAAAAUAAUUCAAAGACUUUGCCCUAACCAUGUCAAGCAGAUGGCAUUUGUAUGUAAAAUUAAUCCCGAUUGUUACCUAAUGAAACCCAAGUCCUUCUGUAUACAGAAUCUUUCAGAUUAGGAUUUAAUGCCUCUGAGGUAAUUUGUCAAUAAGAUAUUUCAUCCUGAUUUAAAUGAAAAAAAUCUAUGAAUACGAUCCUAUGUGUAAAUGAAAUUUGGCUGUUCGUGUUUACAAUAUCAAGGACCACAGAACAUAAGAUACUUUAUAAAUUUAGUUAAAGCCGUGUACAUUUUGUGAGGUUACCAUGUAAAUCAGAAAUGAUCAAUGUUAACAUUGUAUCCUGUUAAGAGAUUGGACCUCUGGUGGUGAGGGAUAACUUCACAAGGAUCUUUAAUAGUUUACAUAAUAAAUCGCAUUACUUAUUUUA